AGGGCCCCUGUUCUCUUGAAGCUCCAGUACUAUUUGGCCCUGGAAUUGUGACCACUGCUGCUAUUCUCUUUUGACUGACCACAGUCAUUCCUCUUCACCUUGGAGCUGGGACUUAGAACUGUAUAAAUGCAAUUUUCAUUUAUGAACUGAAGCUUUAAAUUCAAAUCAUUGGACACAAUGGAAAAUUCUGCAAAAAUGGAAGAAUGUAAAAAAAUCUUUCAAGAUGAAGAGGCAUCUGUAGUUUCCAAAACAGAACUCUCUAUCAACAUUAAUGAAAUUGAAUGCUCUGAUGGAAAGGACACUGAUAGUGUUCAGGAAAGCACACCAAAAAAGGGAAAAAUAGAGUUUCAGAGUGACCCUGAAGUUAAGACUGCCAGUUGUGGAGAGGGCACUCCAUCAAAUACAAGAAAGUUGGAUAAUGAAAUUAUUCCUGAGAAAAGAGCUGCAGCAGGUGAUGAAGAGAGUAUUUCACGAACGAGAAAGUUAGAAACUGAUGAUCCAAAAGAUGAUACUUCUAGUUGUGGAGAUGGCACUCCUGCAAAAAAAAGAAAAUUGGAAGGUGAAGAUGUUCCUGUAAAACGCAAACAUUUAGAAGAAGGACAUGGCUCAACAGUAGCUGCUCACUACAAUGAACUUCAGGAAGUUGGCUUGGAGAAACGAAGCCAGAGUCGUAUUUUUUACCUUCGAAAUUUUAAUAAUUGGAUGAAGAGUGUCCUCAUUGGAGAGUUUUUAGAAAAAGUGCGGCAGAAAAAGAAGAGUGACAUCACUGUAUUGGAUCUGGGCUGUGGAAAAGGUGGAGAUUUACUCAAGUGGAAAAAGGGCAGAAUUAGCAAACUAGUUUGUACUGAUAUUGCUGAUGUUUCCAUCCAGCAGUGCCAGCAGCGAUAUGCUGACAUGAAGAAUCACUGUCGUGACCAUGAGUACAUUUUCAGUGCAGAAUUUGUAACUGCAGAUAGCUCAAAGGAACUCUUGACUAAUAAGUUUCGUGAUCCAGAGAUGUCCUUUGACAUUUGCAGUUGUCAGUUUGUGUAUCAUUAUUCAUUUGAAACUUAUGAACAGGCUGAUAUGAUGCUCAGAAAUGCUUGUGAGAAACUUUGCCCUGGAGGAUAUUUUAUUGGCACUACACCAAAUAGCUUUGAGCUCAUAAAACGUCUUGAGGCAUCAGAAACAGAAUCAUUUGGAAAUGAAGUCUACACUGUAAGGUUUCAGAAGAAGGGAGAAUAUCCUUUAUUUGGAUGCAAAUAUGAUUUCAACUUGGAAGGUGUUGUGGAUGUUCCAGAAUUUUUGGUUUAUUUUCCUCUGCUGAUUGAAAUGGCAAAGAAGUAUAACAUGAAACUAGUUUACAAAAAAACAUUUUUGGAAUUCUAUGAAGAAAAGAUCAAGAAUAUUGAAAACAAAGUGCUCCUAAAACGAAUGCAAGCAUUAGAACCAUAUCCAGCAAACGAGAAUUCCAAGCUUGCCUCGGGGAACUUGCGUGAUUAUGAACAUGCUGCAAAAUACAUGAAAAAUAGUCAAGUUAGAUUACCUUUGGGGACCUUAAGUAAAUCCGAAUGGGAAGCUACAAGUAUUUACUUGGUUUUUGCAUUUGAAAAGUUGCCGUGAAUAUAAAACUGUCAAGAAGACUGGUUUAUCCUACUUUGUGCAGACAUGGAGGAUUCACAAUCAGCAUUAGCAGCUUAGCUUUAAUCUUUUUCUUGCCCUUUUUUGUUUUUAUUUUUAUCUUCCUUUUUAAGAAAAUUGUGAACAUGUAGGACUGCCAAGAACUAGGACAAACACAUGUGUCUGCCCUCCAGCUCCUGACUGGUAGAUAAGAGAGUGUGUAUGUAAAAAUGAACUUGGACAUUCGUUUCUUUAAAACAAUUUGUUUGCUUUCAAAAAUGGUCAGGGGGAAAAUAACCUAUUUUGACUUUUCACUGAUCAGGUAGCUUUCAAAAAUUAUGUUUAUUACAACUUGUCAUUAAGGCAGCUGAGCCAUUACUAUGAAGCUUCAAUUUGUUCAGUAAUAUAUGUUUACAGAAUCAAAUUUUGAGACUGUAGGAUGUGGGGCAAGAAAUUCAAAUUGUGUGUUUGUGCAUGCAUGCACAUGUGCAUGCUUGCAUAUAUGUAGUUUUGUUAUUUUGUUUUCAACAUUAAAUGGUUUUGUAUUCUGUACAAGUUUGAAUGUUCGUGUACUGAAUGUGUUGAUAAAAUAGAAACUUUCACAUGUCUAUUUUCGAACAUCUUAAAAUUCUAAAUAACUUGUUUAGACAUUUGCUACAGUAUUUAAUACAAGUACUCCUAUUAUUGGUAACACUACUAGUAAUAUAGUAUAAAUAUUUAGUACUAGUAGUUUGCUUAGCAUAACAUCCUUCCCAAAAUAGAAUUUUUUUAGCUGUAUAGCAAAGAAUUGUUUUACAAUUUGUUUUUUAUACUAAUGUUUGCAACUUUUCUGUUUUUAUUUUAAAGGAGAAAUAUGUGUUGCCAUCUAAAAUAUUUUGAUUAUUAGAACUACAGAAGUCUAAGCUAUUCAAAGAUUGUAUCUGGCUACUAGGUAUUUAAUCAGUAAACCUCAAGUGAAUCUAAAUUACAAUAUUUAUUUUUCUCACAAGUGAAAAAAAAAUCUCCUUUGGCACACUAAACUGCAACUUUUUCUAUCUUCAUAAAUGGGAUUACUCUAGCAAUGUAUGGUCAUAAAGUCAAUAGUUAGACAUUAGGUUGAUGCCUAGUCAAGAAUAGUAGAAAUUAGUAGUGGCUUUUUGGUCCAGGAGUCAGUUCUAAGCACCAUUAGGUCUGUCUAUGUCAGUUUUAGUUAGCACAAAAACAAGGGACAAGAAGAAGAAAAGGGGGUUUGGCAGAAAAUACAGGGUAUAAGGUACUAUUGAACACUUCAGGCACUUGCUGACACUUCAUGAUAGGUUAUUUGCCUUUUUAAAAAUUUUCCUGUAGGCUCUAUAACGAUGGUACUUUCAGCAAUGAUUCUUAUUUUUAUUUGAUGAAUAAAACAUUACCGUAACCAAGAAAAAUCUCUGAUUGCUAAAUAAAUGUUUAUUGUUAUAUAUGAGGAGUCAGAAUCUCCAUUAUUGGUUGUCAGUAGAAGGAAUGCAGUCUGUGCUAUAAUCUUCAAAUAUCAGAACUGCCUUCAAUUGUGAGGGCAGAUAUCAAUAAUAGUAAAAUUACAUGUUACUUCAGUGUUUACAAGGUCAUUUCCUUGCAACAGUCCUGUAGAACAUGCAGGGUAAGCUUUAUUCCCAUUUUUUAGUUUCAUAGAUUAUCGCUGAGGAAACUGAGGCUAAGAGAUCAAAUUUCUCAUGGUAAGACAGGGUUUGUAAGUGUCAGAAUUCUGACUGAUUGUCUUUCCAUUAUACUGAUUUCUAUUACAAUUCUGAUUUGGGGGUUAUAUUUUUUUGGUUUUCAUAGUUCUCUCAUGCCCUACCUCCAAUCAGUGUAUUAUAGUUGGUAGUGAUACUAAUAAAGAUUUUCUUUUUUUUCCUGAUAUUUGUCAAUGUACUAUAGCUAUAAAUAAAUAUGGGCCGUGAAGAUUGAAUAAUAAAAUGUCACUUUGCUGUGAGUACA